AUGAGACCCCAGAUGAGACCCCAGAUGAGACUCCUGAUGAGUCCCCUGAUGAGACCUCUGAUGAGACCCUCUGAUGAGAACCCAGAUGAGACCCCUGAUGAGACCCUGAGUACUCCUGAUGAGACCCCAGAUGAGACCCAUGAUGAGACCUCUGAUGAGACCCCUGAUGAGACCUCUAAUGACACCACUGAUGAGACCCCUGAUGAGACCCCUGAUGAGACUCCUGAUGAGACCCCAGAUGAGACUCCUGAGUGUGAGACCCCUGAUGAGACCUCUGAUGAAACCUUGAUGAGACCCCAGAUGAGACCCCUGAUGAGACCUCUGAUGAGACCCCUGAGGAGACCCUGA